CAGUCCAAAGGCCGGCGGAAGUGCUCUGGGUUGUUGCCGGAAGUGGGCGAGGAAAGGUUGAGAUGGCGGCUGCGACUGUAGCAGAGAAGGUGCCGGUAGACGGCGCGGAGGAACAACAGCCCCCUGCGGCGGCCGAGGAGCUGGCCGCCCAGAAGCGCGAACAGAGACUGCGCAAAUUCCGGGAGCUGCACCUGAAGCGGAAUGAAGCUCGUAAAUUAAAUCACCAGGAAGUUGUUGAAGAAGAUAAAAGACUUAAGUUACCUGCAAAUUGGGAAGCCAAAAAAGCUCGUUUGGAAUGGGAACUACAAGAAGAAGAAAAGAAAAAGGAAUGUGCAGCAAGAGGGGAAGACUACGAGAAAGUGAAGUUGCUAGAGAUCAGUGCAGAAGAUGCAGAAAGAUGGGAGAGGAAAAAGAGGAGGAAAAAUCCCGACCUGGGAUUUUCAGAUUAUGCUGCUGCCCAGCUUCGCCAGUACCAUCGGCUGACCAAACAGAUCAAACCGGACAUGGAAACAUAUGAGAGACUGAGAGAAAAGCAUGAAGAAGAGUUUUACCCAACAUCCAACAGUCUUCUUCAUGGGACACAUGUGCCUUCCACAGAGGAAAUUGAUAGGAUGGUCGUAGACCUGGAAAAACAAAUUGAAAAACGAGACAAAUAUAGUCGGAGACGUCCCUAUAAUGAUGAUGCAGAUAUUGACUACAUUAACGAAAGGAAUGCCAAAUUCAACAAGAAGGCAGAAAGAUUCUAUGGGAAAUAUACAGCUGAAAUUAAACAGAAUUUGGAAAGAGGAACAGCUGUCUAAUCCCUUCAGGAACUAUUUAGAAGCUUGAGAAUGGAGUGAAAAUUUCUACUAGCAAAUUGAAGUUCUCUUCAGAGUUACACCAGUAAACCAGAGCUCAGUCUAUGCCUUCCCACUCAGCAUUUAAAAAUAAAUGUUUUUUCUUAAACUUCUACUUCCAUGUAUAUUUCCACAUUUUUGUGCUUGGAUAUAAGAUGUAUUUCUUGUAAUGUACUUGUUUUGUAAAAAUCUACUUUGUAUAAAUUCUGUUAUUUUUCUAUGUAUUUUAAAUGUGUAUGACUGUUGAAUCUUUGAAGCAUUUUGGCUUUAAGAAUGCUGGCAGCAUACGUAAAUGCAGUCAUUGUUACUUUGAAUGUUUUUAUGAAUUUGACAAAA